AUGGUUCGUUGGCUCGCCUCGUCGCUUGCUGGCGCCGCCAGCUUGUGCUGGUUCGCGCUUCCAACGGACGCACUGCCUGCACACCACCAGACAUCUGCCCCGAUUGUCAAGGUGAAGAAUGGCUCGUACGCAGGGAUCUACUCGGCUGAGUACAACCAGGACUUCUUCCUCGGCAUGCCCUAUGCGCAAGUAGCGCCCCGGUUCACCGUCUCGCAGCCCCUGAACUCGUCGUGGGAGGGCGUCCGGAAUGCCACGGCCUAUCCGCCCCAUUGCGUAGGUUACGGCGGAGACGAGGUUGGGUACCCGAUGUCCGAGGACUGCCUGUACCUUAACGUUAUCAGGCCGGCGGGUAUCUCUAAUACCGCCGGGCUGCCCGUUGCUGUAUGGAUCCACGGCGGUGGCUUGUAUAUGGGCGGCUCCGCGGACCGGCGGUACAACCUCUCAUUCAUCGUCCAGAACAGCGUGGAACAAGGCACACCCAUGAUCGGCGUUAGCCUCAACUACCGCUUGUCCGCCUUCGGCUUUCUGUGUGGCAAGGAGGCCAUGGAUGCCGGCGUGGUAAAUUUUGGCUUCAAAGACCAGCGGUUGGCCCUCCGCUGGAUCCACGAGAACAUCGCAGCGUUUGGUGGUGCGCCCGACAAGGUUACCAUCUGGGGCGAGAGUUCUGGUGCCGAGAGCGUGAGCGCGCAGACCCUGGCCUACGGCGGCCGUGACGACGGCCUCUUCCGGGGCGUCAUCGCUGAGUCUGGCUACGGCGGCUUCAUUGGGCGGUACGCUGGCGGCCUGAACGCCAGCGACGCCAUGCAGAAUACGUACGACACGCUCGUGCGCAACACCAGCUGCGCCCACACGGUCGGCACGCCAGCCUCACUCUCCUGUCUGCGUGAUUUGCCCCUGGACGAGAUGCAUAAGGCACUGAAUAGCACGGCCGCCAAUCCCUGGCCGCCCGUGCUAGACGGCGACUUUAUUUCCGACUACCCCUCCAAGCAGCUGAGCGAGGGCCGCUUUCCCAAGGUGCCCAUCCUCAUCGGUUGCAACUCGGAUGAGGGAUCUUCCUUCGGCGUCGGAUACGGUCCUAACGGCGGCGGCGUCAACACGGACGACGAGAUGCGCGCCGCCAUCGCUUCCAUCGUCGGGCCCGAUGUCGAAAAGAUGACCGGGAAGACGGUCAAGCAGGUAGUGGACGAGCUGAUGUUCCUCUACCCCAACAUCCAGGCCGUUGGCGACCCCAGCUUGGACAAGUGGCCCGUCAUCCAGCCAGGCGACGACGUGGCUCAGUCCAUGGGGGCACAAUACCGCCGCACAGCUGCCCUCUUUGGCGACUUCACGAUGCAAUACUCUCGACGGCGCGCGAGUCUUGCCUUCGCCAAGCAGGGAAUCCCUUCCUGGAGCUACCGUUUUGAUGUCGUGCUGCCCAGUCUCCCAGGGUACAUCGGAGCGACGCAUUUCCAAGAAGUCGCGUUUGUAUUCGACAACACUCGCGGCGAGGGCUAUGCCCAGAAUCCUUUCGCCAACAACACUCGUGUCUUGACCGCGCUAGCAAAGACCAUGUCGACGGCUUGGGGCCUUGGCCUGCCGGGCGGAGCGACAUGGCCCCCGUACAAUGCUAGCGCUGGUGGAGGAGUCGGGCAGAAUCUCGUCUGGACCGACAAGGGCAGCUAUGUAGAGAUGGACAGCUGGCGCGCGGAGGGCAUCAACUACUUCAUCGAGAAUAGCUUGGCAGUGUUCGGGAUGUAA